AUGGGACCUAAACCAUGACGUUUUCCGUGUCAUGAAUGACAAUGACAAAAUAAAAACAUAGUUCCGAAAAAGAGCUGUUUUACGAAUAUUUUCCUUGUUUCAACAUUCCCCAUAAUUAAUUUGUAAGUUAUGGACACGUAAUUAAUACCUUAAUUAAUAAUUUUCACUCGGAAAGAUGCAGCCAUUAUAUUCCGUUGAUCAUGAGACGAGACACAACAUAAAUCAUGAUACAGAAGAAAAUGUGGAAAGGCCUGCGGAAAACACGCCGCUGCUGCAUCGCUUCCCUCAAACCAUACCUGAAAGGAGCACACGGACUACAGUCAUAGUUAGCUUGUUGCUGAUAAUAUUAAUCUCUGGUGUCAUAAUUGGAAUUUAUCUCCUCGUCUUACAAAAUGACUCUGAAAAUGUCCUUCCUCCAGUGGAAAUGCCUCUACAAUUAGUGAGCAGAUCUCAAUGGGAUCCUAGUAACAGUUCCCAGAGUGCAUUGAGAUCUUUCCCGUACAGACUUAGGGCUGUCACGGUCGUUCACACGGACACCAAACAAUGUUCAAGUACGGAGACAUGUACAAACCUACUGCAGGACAUGCAGAACAAUGCUACAGAGGCAAAUAGCACACUUCGGUACAAUUUUUUGAUAUCGUCCAACGGGCAGACUUACGAAGGUCUCGGGUGGCUCAAGUGUUUACCAGAAACUCAGAGGAACACCCCAUCAGGACUACUCUUAGCCUUUAUAGGUAAUUUUACCGAAAUCCCACCGAGUCGAUCACAGCUGCAGGAAGCCAAAAACUUCUUCGCUACGUCUGUAAGUCAACAGUAUUUACACCCAACGUAUCGUAUCUAUGGUAAAAACACUAAUGAAACCCCAGCUCCGCUUAUAAAAAGCCUUAAAACAUUCCCUCAGUGGAGCAGUGAGUUUUCAGAUCCAAUAUAAGUUAUUUUAGCAAAAUAUUUUAAUGUAAUAAGAAAUGCGAAAGUAACUCUGUUUGUCUGUCCGACUUUCACGACAAAACUACUAAAUGAAAUUUGGUACAUGGAUAGUCUCUAGCCUGAGAAAGGACAUAGGCUACUUUUUAUCCGGGUGCGAGGAUAGUUGCCUCGAGAUAUGGGUGAAACCACGGGGAAUAAUUUGUAUUAGUAUAGUGACAAUUCUAAGAGCAUAACGUUGUGCUUAAAAACUAGCUUGAUUUUAUAGCAUACCACAAUUUCAUCACGAUUCAUAAAAUAGUCAAGUAGAUUAGUAAGUUGUUGUGUAUUUUUUCACAUUAUAAGUUUAAGAUUGAGUUUGGUGCCAAAGAGACCAUCGCACGUUUAAUGAAACACCGAUUACGACAGAAGCUAUAAAAUAAUAAUUAUCUCCUUUCUAUGUUCUACUUUCUAUACCUACUAACCCUCUUUAAUUUUCAUUAAUUUUCUUUUAUCUCGUAACUCUUUCUCUCGAAUUCUCUCCUUUUAGAUGGAAAAGCUCUACAAUAAUCGUAAAUAAAUCAAUUUCUAUUCAACGUGCGAUUUACAGUUACUUGGACUUCUCAGUAUAACUUAUAUUAUUUUUAAUCUGUAACUCAUUAUUGACAUCUUAAUGACAGUAAAAUUAUAUGUAAUUUAAUAUCAAUUAAAAUGGGUAAAGGUUUUAAAUAAGCCAAAGAAAAUUCUUUAGUUAUAAAUUUUGCCAUUUUUUUAUUUACAUCACAAUUAGUUAGGUAGUUAUUUUAUUUAAGGAAAUUGCUAAACGUCUUGAAAAUUUAGAGUUUUUUUGGGAUACCCAGACUUUUGGGCGGGAUACCUAUAAAUGCAAUAUAAUAUGUUGUUUAAUUAUCAUUAUUUAAUUUCCUAAUGAAGGCCUAAGCCAAAUGUUCAUAAGUGCUACUGGUUGGUCCGUUGCAGAAGACACAGCCUACUAGAUGGUUUAGCAAAUUUUGUUGGUGUAUUUGUUAUUUCUAAUUCAUAAUGCUUAAGCUUUUAUUAAUCAAACAUAGUUGUAUCUUAAGGACGUUUCAGUUUAAAGGGAUUAAGAAUAUCUAGGAUAAUUAAAUUUAGGUUUUUUGAUUUCAAGUACAUUUUAUAAUAAUUCCAAUCGAAUUAAUUCGACAUGGACUUAGUUGAUUAGAGGUAGGAAUUGAAAAAAUAUUUAAGUAGGGCCUUCAAACUAAACGCAAAUAGGCAAGCGGGUACAAUAAUAAACCUUUGCAACAUAGGAAUAAAGGCGAUUUUUAUUUGAACGCGCGUCACAUUGCGCGUUAUCAACAAUAUUUGUGUUAUAUUUUAAUAUUAUUAGCUGAGGAUCUCAACCUUAUAAAUAAUAUUACCGUGGAAUGUUAUGUGCAAUCAUCAUAAAUAUUAAUUAUCCAUUGACUAAGUUAUUUCAAUGUAUUAAUUUAUUCAAAUUGUUAUUGAAGAAAAGAUUCAAAUGUAUGUAUAUACUACCCGUGCCAAUAAAGAAUGGGAUCAGAAAUCGCGACAGCUGUAUUCACCUCUCGCUCAUGUGCUAUAGUGUAUGAGCGAGAGGUAAAUACAGCUGUCGCAAUUUCUAAUCCCAUUCUUUAUUGGCACGGGUUGUACCUGAUUCAUAUUAUUAUGUUACUAAAUUCUAAUUUUAUAUAAUUGUUAUAAGUUUAUUUAGUUUUAAAUAAUAAUCUCUAAUGUUAGCAUACACUGGAGAUCGCGAGGCGAUAUUUCCUUGUCCUGUUUUACCAUUUAAUUUUAAGGGGAUAGUUGUUAUAUUUAUAGAUAAGAAAUAAAUAAGGUGAAAUAUCUAAGAUGAAUUAAAUACUCCUUACAUAUUUUCUAGCUCGGGGUACGCGGACAAUAAAUAAAAGUGUGGACUAAGAAUGUAAAAAGAGGUACAAUCUAGUAUAAUAAUGUAAACAAAAUGUGUGGGGAAUUUAAAAAAAUUAUAUUGCUUCGCAUAAUGUCGACAAAAUAAGACGGAAAUAAUGAAACUCAUAAAUGAACGUUUAAGUCAAAUUGAUGAAGGGAUGUGGGGUAAUACUUGUCGACAUGUACAAAAGAAAAAAGAAGAAUACUAUAGACAUUUUGACAUGGAGUCAGAAUUUAUAAUUCACCUUGGAGAGUAGCGAAUCCGAAAAUUCAUCAUUUUAUUUUUCAAGUAGCGAUUCAUAAUCAUUAUAAAUAAAUAAACAUUAAAUUACGUAAUAACUGUUUUUCUUUAAACACCCUAAAUAACUGUAUUGUACCCGACUAUACCUCUUGUCACGCACACAAAGUCACUGUAUAUGUACAAGGGUUACCCACACAUAAGGCCGCGCGCACGACUGAGUUGAACUUACUAUACUAGUAAGAAGGACCUAUCCAAAAUGUUUAAAUACUGAAAGGUAAUAAGUACUUGCGAGUUUCAAUACUAAUGAUAUCAAUUAAUUUUCUCUCAAACCUUAUUAAGCUUAGCAGAUAGUAUGAAAAUUACUUGGAGUAAAGUUACUGGCCUAAACCUUCGAAAUAUGAUAAUGAAAUAAAAGAUGCAUGUACUUCUAGGUUAAAUUGUAUGUAUACGUAUAUUGUUUUUAUUUAACUGAUACUUUUAAAUAAAUAGUAUUAAGUUAUAGGAAUUUUCCCAUAACCGGCUUCUGCAUGCGUUUUUUUAGAUAUAAAAUUAUUUAAAUAUUUUGGGGAUGCGUGAGAAUAUGUACGUUGUUAUGGUAAUGGAAUACACAAUAUUAUAUAAUUUUAGUGUUAAGAUACAACUGUAUAUGUAUAUUUUGUUUGUUAAUUUGCUAUCGGAAAUAAUUAGGAACAAUCAUUGUUGUUAGGUAGACUUAGGUGCAGUACAGUAGAAAGUGAACCGUUUUUUCAGAUUUUUUAAUGUCAAAUGUUAAAUUUUUAAUACUCAAUAAUAUUCCCUUUAUGAAAAUAGCAUUGUUAACCAAAAUAUUCAUUAAGUCGUAAUUAAUUAGAGUUAAUGACAAAAUUCCAAAAGAAAAAGAAUUUGAAGCCUUAUUCGUACUAACGCACAAGAAUAUUAGUGAGAAAAUAUGGACUUAGGUAUGUACAUGUAAAUGUUGUUUAUUAAGGUUUUGGCGCAUUUCUUAACAUUAUUCCAGGAUGUGACAGUCUUAUAAAUUAAGUGUGCGUAAAGGUACGUUUUGAAUGCUAGCAGCCCACUGCUACCGGCCACUGGUUAUAUGUAUUUACAUGAAACCGUUUUGGCGUCCCUCAGAUAUCGACCGAUUGCAUGCAGUCGCUGCAGGUGCGGUUGGCAGUUGCAGUCGGCAGCUGGCUUUCAAAGCACAACUUUAAGGAAUGUCAAAUAAGUACAAUGCUCUAUGUUUAAAUAACGUUUUAAAACAGCGGCCACGAUGUUGUCAUCAGAAUAAUGAAUUAGACAAAUAUGACAUGAGCAGAAUUGGAAUAUUUUAUUGAAUGAUUAUAUAUUAAUAAAUAAUUAUCAUAAUAAUUGAUGUGAUAUCGGUAGAUUAGUGUCUUCAUAUUAUUGUAGGUUUAUUAAUAUAAAUAUUAAAAUAUC